AUGGGAUUUCGUGUGGAAUCGUCCGGGGAUCUAUCUAUCUAUCUAUCUAUCUAUCUAUCUAUCUAUCUAUCUAUCUAUCUAUCUGUUGUGACUGUUCAUUGUCUAUCUAUCUAUCUAUCUAUCUAUCUAUCUAUCUAUCUAUUUCAAUCUGUUGAUUAUCUAUCUAUCUAUUUCAGUCUGUUCAUUUCAUUAUCUAUCUAUCUGUUCAUUCUAUCUAUCUAUCUAUCUAUCUAUCUAUCUAUCUAUCUAUCUAUUUCAGUCUGUUCAUUCAUUAUCUAUCUAUCUAUUUCUAGUCUAUUCAUUAUCUAUCUAUCUAUCUAUUUCAGUCUGUUAUUAUUAUCUAUAUUUAUCUAUCUAUCUAUUUCAGUCUGUUCAUUAUCUAUCUAUCUAUUUCUAUCUGUUCAUUAUCUAUUUAUUCUGUUCUAUCUAUCUAUCUAUCUAUCUAUUUCAGUCUGUUCAUUAUCUAUCUAUCUAUCUAUCUGUAUCAUUAUCUAUCUAUCUAUCUAUCUAUCUAUCUCAGUCUGUUCAUUAUCUAUCUAUCUAUCUAUUUAUUAUCUAUCUAUCUAUCUAUCACACUUCUACGUGACGCAAGUAAUCAAUCAUCUUUUACUUGAAGGCAGGACCAACUCUCGUCAGCCAAGCGUCAUUCAAUCACCCAGUUGA